AUGUUCAACGACCACUCCAAAACAAGCAUUGCACAAAUUGUGUUUUAUGUGCCGGCCACUAUCAUAGCCGCGUACCUAGCAUACUAUCGACAUCAGCGGCCGCGCAUGGCAUGGUUGAUACUGCUCUUUUUCUCCAUCAUUCGGCUUGUUGCGGGUGUCUUGGUGAUUCUGUUCGAACAUAAACCCACGACCGGGCUGAUGAUAGCCUCGGUCAUUCUUCUCAAUACAGGUGUAUUUCCCUUGGUGGCGGCAACUCUUGGUUUCAUUCGAAUUAUAUUAUCUCACGAGGAAAAGGUGAACUUACGAGUCCGUCAAUGUUUACUUCUCUCACGCAUCCUCUUCUUUGUGGGUCUCGGCCUUCAGAUCGCGGGCGGAUGUCUCGAGGGAAGCGACAGUGCUAGCGACGUUAUCAUUGGCGUCAAACUGGUCAAGGCUGGAUACAGCAUUGUGGUGGUCUUCGUCACUUGUCUGCUAGCCGUACAAGCCUAUUUAUGGAUUUACUGCCAAGAGAUUUCCGGUACCAGCCGCACUGUCCUCAAGUCCAUGGGUUUGGCCUUGCCAUUUAUCACAGUUCGCAUUACCUACCUCUUCCUUUCCGUCACUCAUGGAUCCGACCUUAGAUGGAACAAUCUAGCCGGUCCAAUUGCUCCAUUUUUACUUAUGGGGCUGCUGAUGGAAUACGCCGUCGUUUGUAUAUAUCUUGCCACUGGGUUUAUAAUUCCCAGUUGGAGAAAUUUGCAGAAGGAUAGGACCGUCCAGCUCACUAGAUGCUCAUCGGUUGAAGAGUUAUGA